AUGGCCCAACCAAGGUACCCCCCGCAGGCUCGGAGGGGUCAGGCCCAGUUCGCCUCUUACUCCCCAGAGGUCAACCAGCUUAGCUCAGAAAGCUCCACUACCCCUGGAGGAGGUCUGCCCGACUUUGACAUUCCAGCCUACUCAUCCUUCAUUCGUGAUCCCUCCAACCUCGCUCGCCAUCAGUCCAUCCUCUCGGUCAUGUCCCGCAGAUCCAGAGCCUCCAUCAUUUCCAACCCUGACCUCGACACGGAAGGUGUCUACUCUUACUAUCCUCACCAACAACCUAAACGUCCUAAAGAACCAGAGCCAGAGCCAGAGGAGCCCGUGUUUUCGGUGCAGCUCGAGGAUUUCAACCCCCCUCCCCCUGACUCGCCUAUUCUCCCUCCUCCACAAUUGAUCCCUGGCGAGCGUCAGGAGAGGCGGUACAAGACCAAGAAGGUCGUCGAGCUGACGAGCGACAACCUUGUUAUCGAGUGUCCUGUGCCCCCUCACUACCUUGUCAAGCAGUCCAAGCAGAAGGGCCAGGAGUGGGAGUUUAUGCGGUACUCGGCUGUCACCUGCGAUCCCGACCUGUUCCAGGCAGAAAACUAUACCUUGCGGCCAGCCAUGUGGAACCGAGAGACGGAGCUGUUCAUCGUUGUUACCAUGUACAAUGAAGGGGUGAACCUCUUUGCAGAGACUAUGCACGGGAUCAUGAAGAAUAUCCGUCACCUCUGUUCCAGGAAUAGCUCAAAGACCUGGGGCGAGGGCUCGUGGGAGAAGGUCGUCGUCUGCAUUGUUUCCGAUGGGCGUAAAAAGUGUGACCCGCAGGUCUACAACUACCUCGCCGCCAUGGGCGUCUAUCAGGAGGGUGUCGCCAAGCGUGAAGUCAAUGGCAAAGAGGUCCAGGCGCACGUCUACGAGUACACGACUCAGGUGACGAUCGACCCAAAGAUGAAGAUUGCUCCAUCCGCAACGAGCGACUAUGUGCCGGUGCAAAUCAUGUUCUGUCUCAAGGAAAAGAACGCUAAAAAGCUCAACUCUCAUCGCUGGUUCUUUAACGCCUUUGGACCUGUCAUCAACCCUCGUGUCUGUGUUCUGCUGGAUGUCGGAACAAGGCCAGGACCAACGUCCAUCUAUCAGCUCUGGAAGGCUUUCGAUCUCAACUCCAAUGUCGCGGGCGCCUGCGGGGAGAUUAAGCCGGUUAAGGGAGCCGGUGCCAAGAACUUGCUCAACCCACUGGUCGCAGCUCAGAACUUUGAGUACAAGAUGAACAACAUCCUGGACAAACCAUUGGAGUCGGUCAUCGGAUACAUUUCAGUGUUACCAGGGGCGUUCUCGGCGUAUCGGUACAAGGCACUUUUGACAUCGCCAGAGACACCCGACAGCGGACCUUUGGUCAGCUACUUCAAGGGCGAGAAGCCUUCGCCAGAUUCGGGAAUCUUCGAUGCCAACAUGUACCUGGCAGAAGACCGUAUUCUGUGCUUCGAGCUUGUGGCGAAGCGGAACUAUGCAUGGACUCUUCGAUAUGUCAAGGCGGCAUGGGCAGAGACGGAUGUCCCCGACACUGUUCCUGAAUUGAUUAGCCAACGUCGUCGCUGGCUCAACGGAACUUUCUUUGUGGCCCUGUUUUCCGUCUUUCAUUUUGGCAAGAUCUACAAGAGCAACCAUGCCUACUGGAGAAAAUUCCUCUUCCAUCUUCAGUUCAUCUAUAAUGUCCUCAGCCUCUUUUUCAGUUGGUUUGCAAUUGGCAACAUUUACCUCACUUUCUACAUCCUCGCCAACUCGCUCACUUUCCCAGAGAACGCUCCAAACGGCCGGUCUGAUAUCUUCAAGAUUGUUUUUACCGUUCUCAAGUACUUUUACGAGUUCCUUGUCAUUGCUAUCUUUGUGCUCAGCAUGGGCAACCGGCCCACAGGGUCAAGGGUGCUCUAUACGUUAGCAAUGGUCUUCUUCGCCAUCUUGAUGGUGUACAUGACCUUUUGCGCUGUUUGGUUGACAUACCUUGGGAUCAAAAUGGCGCUCGAUUCUGGAAUCAACACGCUAUCGGCCGUUCUGGAUGAGCCGCAUUUCAGGAACGUCAUCUUGUCUCUUGCCUCUACUUAUGGGCUCUACGUCUUUGGAAGUGUCUUGUAUUUGGAGCCAUGGCAUAUGGUGACCAGUUUUGUGCAGUAUCUCUGCAUGAUGCCAAGUUACGUGAAUGUGCUGAAUGUGUACGCGUUCUGUAACACACAUGACGUGAGUUGGGGAACCAAGGGUGACACGAUCGACAACAUGGACCUCGGUGCCGUCAAGUCCAGCUCCAAAGAAGGGUCCGGCGGGGAAGUCACGGUGGAUGUCCCCACAGAGGAUACGGACAUCAACGACUCCUACAUGAAGGCUGUGGGUUCUUUGAGAGAGAAGACGGUGGAGACUGAGCAGAAGCGGGAUGCAAAGACAAAGCAGGAGGAUUACUACAAGGCCUUUAGGACACGAUUGGUUCUCCUCUGGUGCGCGUCUAAUGGUCUGUUGGUUAGCGUUGUCACGUAUUCCGGAUCUAACCUGACAGGCACCUAUGAUACCCGAUCCAAGGCAUACCUCGGAUUUGUGCUGUGGUCUGUUGCCUUCUUGUCGGCCUUCCGGUUUGUGGGCAGUGUUGCGUAUAUCAUUCUGCGACUUAUCACUGGAGAGCUCAGGUGGUAA